AUGGCCUCAGCACCAGAAACCGGCGUCUCAGGCUUUCGAAUGACCCCCUUCGAAAAUGGAGGUGCGCCCGCGUCAAACUUUGGCACCGCUGUGCCUGUCCUCUUCCAGGGAACGCUCACGGCCGGCAACGCCGUCCUCUUCUCGCUCGUGAUCACCAUCUGCUUCAUGGGCAGCAUCGUCACCAAUAGGUUUUGGCUGAAGCCUGCCUUCGCCUUCGGCACCGUCGGCUACGUCACCUCACUCAACGGCCCUGUAACCCAACAACCGCAACGGCAACGAGUGGAAACCAUCACGCUCAGCUAUCUGGAGUCGGAGAACUGGAAGCGCCUCUUGCUGACGGGGCGCGCGUUUGUUUCGGACGUGUCUCUGAUGAACCCUCGUCGGAGGAUGCUGGGCCCGUGGCGCCGUCGGCCAGGCCGGACUACGCCCGCCACAAGCCGGUCCCUCAACUGGGACGAGCCGGACUUCGGGCGCGGCUGGGCGCUGUACAUCACCCUAGCAAUUCAGCUUCACGCUAUUCUACAACUGCGGCUACUAGCUCGUAGGCUGGAUAUCGCGGCACCCCAGAGACAUCGCGUGUACGAGCGCGGCAAGGGCGCUCUCGAGACUGCUAAACAGUGCAUCAACUCUGGGAUCAGUUCGACCAGUGCCCCUGCGAGUCUCCAUUUGAGUCUGUUCGAGGAAUUUGGCACUUUGGCUGCUGACAUUUAUCUGUACCCCACAGCGGCUUUGGACUUCAACUUUGGUCUGUGGGGUGGGUGA